UCCCAGACCUGCCCCCAUUGGCCGGAGCGCCCGCGGGAAGGAGGAGGGAGGACGCAGACCCGGCUGGCUGCGGGCUGGGUCGCGGGUCGGUUGGUGGCUUGUCCGUCGGUGUGCGCAUCCGGGCUGCUGGCUUCGCCCUCGCCAUGGCGCCCUGGCUGCAGCUGCUGUCGCUGCUGGGGCUGCUCCCGGGCGCGGCGGCCGCCCCAGCCCAGCCCCGAGCCGCCAGCGCUCAGGCCUGGGUGCCGCCGUCCCCGGAGCUGCGGGCACCCGCCCUCUUCGCGCUGGAGAUGUUCAACCGCGGCCGGGCUGCGGGGACGCGGGUCGUGCUGGGCACUGUGCGCGGCCGUGUCCACCGGGCGGGCCAGGGGUCGCUGUACUCCCUGGAGGCAACCCUGAUGGAGCCACCCUGCAACGACCCCACGGUGUGCCAGCUCCCCGUGUCCAAGAAAACCCUGCUCUGCAGCUUCGAAGUCCUAGAUGAGCUUGGAAAACACGUCCUGCUGCGGAAAGACUGUGGCCUGGUGGACACCAAGGUUCCAGGUGCUGAGAGAGCCCAGGCUGCUGGGGAGCCCAAGUCAGCCUUCACUCAGGGCUCAGGCACAAUUUCUUCUCUGUCCCAACCCCGUCUAGACAAUAGAAACGAAACUUUCAGCCCAGUCUUUUCACUGUUGAAUGAGGAUCCCCUGCCCCAGGACUUGGCUGUGAAGAUGGCUUCAAUCUUCAGGAACUUUGUCAUUACCUAUAACCGGACAUAUGAGUCAAAGGAAGAAGCCCAGUGGCGCCUGUCCGUCUUUGUCCAUAACAUGGUGCGAGCCCAGAAGAUCCAGGCUCUGGACCAAGGUACAGCUCAGUAUGGAGUCACCAAGUUCAGUGAUCUCACAGAGGAGGAGUUCCGUACUACCUACCUGAAUCCUCUCCUGAGAGAACCUGGCAAGAAGAUGAAACAAGCCAAGUCUGUGGGUGACCUUGCCCCACCUGAAUGGGACUGGAGGAGCAAGGGGGCUGUCACAAAAGUCAAGGACCAGGGCAUGUGUGGCUCCUGCUGGGCCUUCUCAGUCACAGGCAACGUGGAGGGCCAGUGGUUUCUGAACCAGGGGACCCUGCUCUCCCUCUCUGAGCAGGAGCUCUUGGACUGUGACAAGAUUGACAAGGCCUGCAUGGGUGGCUUGCCCUCCAGUGCCUACUCAGCCAUAAAGAAUUUGGGAGGGCUGGAGACAGAGGAUGACUAUAGCUACCGGGGCCACAUGCAGGCCUGCAACUUCUCACCAGAGAAGGCCAAGGUCUACAUCAAUGACUCUGUGGAGCUGAGCCAGAAUGAGCAGAAGCUGGCAGCCUGGCUGGCCAAGAGAGGCCCAAUCUCUGUUGCCAUCAAUGCCUUUGGCAUGCAGUUUUACCGCCACGGGAUCUCCCGCCCUCUCCGGCCCCUCUGCAGCCCUUGGCUCAUCGAUCAUGCGGUAUUGCUUGUGGGCUAUGGCAACCGCUCUGACGUUCCCUUCUGGGCCAUCAAGAACAGCUGGGGCACUGACUGGGGUGAGAAGGGUUACUACUACUUGCAUCGCGGGUCUGGGGCCUGUGGCGUGAACACCAUGGCCAGCUCGGCGGUGGUGGACUGAGGAGGGCCCCCGCUCAGGACCUGGUGCUGAUCAGAGUUGCUGCUGCCCCAGCCUGACAUGUGUCCAGGCCCCUCCUUGGGAGGUACAGCUGGCUGAGGGACAGGCACUGGGUACCUCAGGGUGAGCAGAGGGCACUGGGCUGGGCACAGCCCCUGCUUCCCUGCACCCCACUCCCAACCUGAAGUUCUGCACUUGCACCUUUGUGAAUUGUGGUAGCUCAGGGUGAAGCUCUCGGGGUGAAGGGUGGUUUUGGCAGUUGAGGCUGGGGCAAGAACUCUGGGCUCAGGUAAUGAGCAGGAAGAAAAUGUUCUAAUCUUACCCCAGCUCUGUCCUGCCCCCGCUUUCCUGAUACUGUACAUUUUCUGGUUCCCUUGGAUUUAGGGAUAGUGUCUCCCCUCCACGUCUAGGAAACUUGAACCACCCUUUUCUAACAGCAAUAAAGAGGCGUCCUGGUCCCCAA